UCCUCCUCUCUUUCAGCCCAACAAUUCGUUUCCCUUAGCCCACUCACUACUCUCUUCCUCUACAUCCAAUUGGAGCAAGAAGGCAGAGUCUCAGUUCUGAUAACAAGAUGUUGCCAGGCAGUGGGUGAGACAGGGGAAAACAGGAAAGAGCAGCAGUGGGGUUGGGAAGAUUGGGUGGAUAGAGGGAUGAAGGCAGGUUUGAGUGAAUUUGGAGAUGUGCUUUAACUGACUGGGGAUGGUGAAUUUGGAAAUGUAUGGAGGAAAAUAGUUUAGGUGGAUUCAAGAGAAGAGGAUGACAAAUUUGGAGAGGUAAAGAAUAUUUCCCAGAAGCUUCACAAACACUUAAAAUGUUCGGGAUAACUGACUGUAGAGAUUUAGAAUAA